ACACACACACACACACAGAGUUCUCCUCUCUCUUUUUCACUACACCCCUCCCAAUUCUGACUCUGCGUCACUGGAUAAUUAAACUGUCAGACACAAACUCUGAGCUCUAAUACUAAGAAUAGUGGAGACACCGAGCAGAAGCGCAGGGUCAAGGAUCCGCUAAAUGGAAAUCGGAUCUGAUUCUCGGGUUCAUCUGAAGAGAGAAGACCGAAAGUAAAGCGACAUCAGGACGCGGAACCCCUGAGGCUCAGGAGGUAAAUUCACUACAUCGGCAGAAUAUCGGCGAUGGAUGGACCCACUGUAACAGGUGUGAAUGGUUUAGAAUCACAUAAUUCACUCCAUGAGAAGGAUAAAGGGCCAGUUAUUGGUGGUUUGCGUCUUCGGUCUGCUCCUGGAGCUUGUGUGCUUUUUGCUGGUGUGUUGCUACUUGUAGGCAUUGGAGUGGCCAUAGGUGGAUACUGGCCUCAUCGUAAUAGGAGACAAGUGCUGAAUCAUGCAUCCUCUGGCCGAACUCCCACAGAAAAACUGAAACUGGUUGGCCCCAUUAUUAUGGGAGUGGGCCUUUUCAUCUUCAUUUGUGCAAACACACUUCUCUAUGAGAAUCGAGACCACAGGCUGAAGCAAGCCAGCCAAAAAAAUGUUACGCCAGAGGGACAGCGAAAUUCAAAAAGCUGCUCACAACCUGAAACAAACACCAGCACACACACUCUGGCCUUGUCAGAACUCAACAUUCACUGCCUGCAAGAAGGGUUUGCUGUUCCAGCCCUUAACCGUUCUUCCUCUUCCUCUGCCUCUUUAAACUCCAGUCAGGUGAACUUUGGCCUUGCAGAUAGCAGGGAUGGUGUUAUGUUGAUUCCUCCAGUCUUCAAGCUGAACAACUGCCUUAUAACGUGCCUAGACACGCCACCCCUUCUACAGCAAGUACUGGACCAUGGUGAGAACGGCCAGUGUAAAAUGGUGGGGCCAGUAAUAACAGAGCAUUUAGCUCUAACAAGAGAGACCAGGGCAGAAAUGAAUAAGGGACAGAGUGGACCAAUAAAAUAUAUACAGACUGUGGAUAAGUAGCCACAAAGUCACCCUAUGAUUCCUGCUGCUAUCAAAUUGAAACUAGAAAAAAUGGCCCUAAAGCAGCCUGGAGUUUUUUGGUUUGUGUGUCUGGGAAAAAGCCUGUAACAACAUUGUUUUUCAAUCCCUUUGAAGACUCCUUUUUAAAUAAGUUCAUAUAUAGAACACUUCAGUUCUCUGUCUAGUGAAACUAUAUAAGGUGCAAAGUCAGCUUCAAACUGAGUGUCUCACUGUCAGAUUCCAUUUUCAGAAAUCUAUUGAGGAGCUAAGAACCGUUAACUAUCCAAUCAAAUGACUCUUUUAUCUGCAUGCAGAAAGUGUUAAGAAAAUAGAUGUAGAACCGUAAGUGGUUCUUUGUUUGUUGCUCUGAAUUUUUAAAGAUUAAGUGUAGAACCCUUAAGGAUUCUUUUUUUGGGCGUAAAACUACAAAUGAAACAGACAUUAAAAUAAGACUUGAGUAACCAUUUUCCCAAGGGUUUAUGGUUUUAACGUUGAAUGUAAUGUUAAUGUUUUUAAAUCUUAAUGUCAUAUUAAUGAUAAUUCCACCUACAUUUCAAUGCUUUCCAAGCACCAAGUAACAUUACAGCUGACAUUUUCCAGAUUAUAUGUACAAUUUGUCCCUUAAAUGAGGGUCUCUAAAGAGAUAUAAAUAAAUCCAGGUCCAUGUCACUAUCUACAUUGUGAAACCCUUUAUUGUUGUAGCUGGACUCUGGGACCCUUCAUUCCCGAGCACUCAGUUUGGCCUGAUCUUGGUACAGUAGUGUUCGGGUUGUGCCAUAAAUAGAGAUACUUAUUGUGCAAGUAAUCAACUGGACACAAAAUGUUUGGUGUCUUUGGAAGAGAGACACUUUAAAAUAAUUCUGUUCUAAUAUACUUAAAAUGUUUUGUAUUACAGCAAAAAGACAAAUUAUCAUGGGUGGGUGAAUACUUUGAAAGUUAAUGACUUAAGUUAAAAAAUGAUGUUAAUAUUUAGUAAAGGAGAAUGCUUUCUACAUUCACAUAUUUAGCAGUGUAUGUAAUAGCACUUAAUCCAGCACAACCUAUUUUGAUAGGAGGUACAACAGCUAAAAAUUCAAGCUUAGACAAGUGUGGUCUUUUUUAAUGGUGGUCAAAUAAUGUUUUAUUUUAUCUAUGUAUAUGUGUGUGAUUUAGGCUAUUUGAUCACACAAUUUAUUCACUGUUUUGUCUGAUUAACCUAAUGAUGUUCUUGCACAAUUAAAUGUGCCCUUGUACUCAUAAGGCACUCAUCAGCUUUCAGUACAAAACAUUUUAAUCAAGUUCAAGGUCACAUGAACUUGAUAUGGGAAUAAUGUAAUGGCAUUUCAAGAUUAGGCGCUCCACAUAUAUAUAGUGUAUGAGUUUUUUAUUUUCAUAUGUAAUUUGUACACAGUUUUC